AUGGGGUCCUUUUCUCGACUUCUGGCACUUGGCCUCCUGCUUCUGCAGCCCUUUGUAGCUAGCUUUGGUGUGCCUCACUAUUUCCAGAGCGAGCCCCUUACUCGUCGUGACCUAUCUCCUGCAAAAGUGCAGACAGAGCUGGGAGCUCUCAUAUCUAAAAAUUCGACUAUUUUCGGGCCAACAGACCCCCGGUUUCCUAAUGCCACCGAACGAUACAAUACUGCGGCUCCGCCCCAUAUCGAAGUGGUUGUAAUUCCGGGGUUAGAAAGCGACAUUCCAACUAUCGUUAAGUACUGCAAUGAAAAUAGCAUCGACUUUUUCGCAAUCAAUCGGGCCCACGCUCGAACUUAUACCGUCGGAAGCUUUACUGGUUUAAUGAUUGAUAUGGGAGGGCUGUUAAACAUUGAAAUCCAGCCUGACAAUAAAUCCGCAUGGUUUCAAGGUGGAACGUACGAUGGACAAGUCAUGUCUUACCUGUGGGAAAAGGGUUUCGUUGCAACUACCGGGAGCUGUGACUGUGUCGGCAUGAUGGGCCCUGCACUUGGAGGCGGACACGGUCGUAAUGAAGGCCUAUAUGGCCUAAUUAGCGACAAUUUCGUCAACCUAAAUGUUGUCCUAGCCGACGGUACUGCUAUUCGGGUCAAUGAGACAAGCCAUGCAGAUCUGCUCUGGGCAAUGAAGGGCGCCGGCCACAAUUUUGGUAUCGUUACAAGCUUUGAAUUGAAGAUCUAUCCUCGACAAGUAGACACAUGGUAUUACCACAACUACAUCUGGAAAGGAGAUAAGCUUGAAGAGGCUUUUGAGAAAGCGAACACGUUCCACGAUAACGGCAACACACCUGUGAAUAUGGCUUUCAAUUAUGCAACAUUCUUACUAAACGAGACAAUCAGCAAGACUGAAGCUAUUAUAUCCUGGUCAUUUGCAUAUCGUGGAUCUGCGGAGGAUGCAGAAAAGCUUCUUGUUCCAUUCAACGAGAUAGAAGCCGUCUAUGAAGAGACCGGGGAUGUUUCUUUUCCUGAAAUAUCCGAGGUUCAAGCAACCGCCAUUGAUGACCCAACUUGUGCUCGAAACAACUCAUGGAUCAUGUCUACCGCCAAUCUCAAGAUUUAUAAUAUCACAACAACGCGCCAGGUUUACGACCUCAAUAAUGAAUACAUCAGGAAGUACCCUCAGUUGUUGAACCCUAGUGUCCUUCAUGAAGGAUAUGCAAAUGUUGCAGUCCGCAGAUUCAAGUCUGAGGAUUCUGCUUACCCUUUUAGGGAUUAUAAUCACCUAACGUCAUUCCAAGUCGAGGUUCCCCCGGGAUCUAACUUGACGCCCGUCGCGCUUCAGUGGGCUGCCGAUCUAAGAACUCUAUGGAACGAUGGGCAGCCCGAUGUCCAACCUUCAAAUUAUGUUAACUACGCGACUGGGUUGGAAUCUCUGCCGUCUAUAUAUGGCUAUGAGGAGUGGCGUCUGCAAAAACUUCUUGACUUGAAGAAAAAUUAUGACCCGCAGAAUCGUUUUCGGUAUUACAAUCCCCUUAUUUCAGAGGGGAAGGCAUAA